AUGGCUCGAGGCUCCUUCUCUAUUGCUGCCGGCUGUCUGCUGCCUGAAAGGCUUGCUGCACCUGUGAGGGCCUUAGGAGCCCUUCGUCUGGGAGGGUGUGUCUGCUGCAGCAGCAGCAGCAGCAGCCAAGAAGCAGCAGCAGCAGCAGCAGCGACAGCAACAGCAGCAGCAACAACUAGCUGGGGCGGCAUCUGGUCUCUCACGAAGCGUUCAGCGCUGCAUGUAGCUGCCACGAGAAACUAUACGACAGCAGCAGCAGUAGCUGCUGCUGCUGCUGCUGCAACACCAGCAACAGCAGCAACAAGGCUGAGAGAUGCAGCAGCAACAUUUUACCCGAACCCCCUGCUUGCUGCACAGGCAGCAGCAGCCACACGAGUCGAUGCAGCAGCAACAGACUCCUCUACAACAGCAGCAGCAGAGGCAGCAGCAGCAGAAGCAGCAGCAGCAGAUGCUUUAGCAGGGUUACGCUUUAACUGGAGACGCCACACAAGCGGAGGAGACCCUGUGCAGCAGCCGCUGCAGCAGCUGCAGCAGCUAGCAGCAGCAGCAGCAAACCAACUCAUACAAUGCACAACACCAGAUUUCGUAGCCUGGGGCCCUUCAUGGGGCCCCCGUCGUGCGCUGCAGCAGCAAGAGGGCUCCACUGCUGCUGCAGCAGCAAGCAGCAGCAGCAGCAGCAGCAGCAGCGAACGCUGGACGGCCCCACAGUUUCUGCUUGCAGCAGCAGAGACACAUUCGUCUUUGCUGCUGCUGCGGCUGGCGUCUCUCUCCUCAGCGCAGCUCUACAACGCCAUACAGUCGGCGGCUAUUUUGCUGCUGCUUCAGCAGCAGCAGCCGCAGCAACUGCAGCAAACCCCUUGCAGCAGCAACAGCAGCAGCAGCAGCAGCAGCUUGGAAAGGUUUGCCAGGUCUCUGUUUUGUGUCUACGAAGAAAAACUUCAUCUGGCGCCCCUCAUCGAUGUUGGUCGGGUGUCGUGGCUUGCUGCAGCAGUUUUGCCUCGUGGAGUUUCAUCCGAGUUCUUCUUCAUUGCUGCAAACGCCCGCAUGCAUGCAGGGCUGCAGCAGUUGCUGCAGCAGCAGGAACAGCAGCAGCAGCAGGAACAGCAGCAGCAGCAGCAGCAGGUGUCCCUUGAGGUCCUAGCCAAUAUGCUGCACCCAUUCAGCCACCAGACGCUUCGGGGGCGGAUGACGUUUUUAAAAGAAGCAUCUGCGGAAGCAGCAACAGCAGCAGAAAGAGCAUCAUGUGGAGUGCAGCUGCAGCUGCAGCAGCAACAGCAGAAGCAGCAACAGCAGCAGAAGUUGUUGUGUUUUGUAGUGGACGUGAGUGCUGCUGCUGGGCAGCUGUCUCCUUCUGCUGCAGCAGCAGCAGCAGCAAAGGACAGUCUGCUGCAGCACGCGCGGAACCUGCACCCUCAAGCACUAGCAGAAGGAGCAGUUGCUUUAGCAGCGCGUCGAUGCUGUACGUACUCUUCUGCUGCUGCUGCUGCUGCUGCAGGCCAUAUGAGCGCGGAGGAGCUGCUGCAGCUUUCUGAGGUGCUGCUGCCGGCUGUUGGAUCGCUGCAGCAGCAGCAGCAGCUGUCUCUGCUGCUGCUGUAUAACGACAGAUGCGUUGCAGCCAGGCCCCUGCUGCGCUCUCUGGAGGAGCGGCUGCUGCGGGUUGGUGCUUCCUUAGGGGGCAAGUUGCUGCCGCUGUUAGCUGUUGCUUGCUGCAGCAGCAACAGCAGCAGCAGCGCGGUGCUGCAGCAGCUCCAUGCUGCUCUUUGCAAUGCCAUCCGCAGCAAAACCAUAUCCCUAGAGGGAUAUCCGGCUGGCCCUGCAGCGAGGCGCUGUCUCUGUUUGAAGUUGCUGACGAAGUUUGUCUCCUUCAGCCCCGCAGCAUCUCUUCUCUUGUCUGGAGUUUUGGGGCUGCAUGCGGUAGACAUGCUGCAGCAGCAGCAGCUGCAACAACAGCAGCAGCUCUGGCGGCGCGCUGCAGCAGCCUGGCAGCAGCACGAGGCGUGGAAGGCAGCAGCAGCGAGAGAGCAGCAGCAGCAGCACCAAACACCCCCAUAUCCUUUGCUGCUGCAGCACCUAGGGAUUGAGUUUGCUGCUGCUGUUCCUACCUGCCUAUACACCGCGCCCUUUGUUAUUAAAUCUCUAAACCUCAUACUAGAGCCUCUCAAGACAUCACCUAUUCACCUGGGUAGCGGAUUGCAGCUAGGCGAGGUUUUUCUACGUCACCGCGUUUGGAGUGCUUUGGGUUAUAAUAUUUUAACUCUGAUGGAUGGAGAAUUUGCUAAGUUUUGUGUGCAUGCGCCUGAGGUGUACGUACACCCCAGAGGCCUGCUGCUGCAGCAGCAGCAGCAGCAGGUGCAGCAGCAGCAGCAGGUCGCAGCAGCGAGGCGCUAUGAUAUCCCCGCUGCUGCUGCACACCUCAAGCAAAAACUAGAUGCAUGCAAACUCAGACUCAAAGAGUUGCAGCAGCAACAGCCCCGUCACAACAGUGGCAGACACAUGCUGCUGCUACAGCAGCAACCCCAGCAACCCCAGCAGCAGCAGCAGCAGCAACCCCAGCAGCAGCUGCAGCAGCAACCGCAGCAGCAGCAGCAGCAGCAACAGCAACAACAUCAGCAGCAACGAAGGGCACCGCUUGUAUAG